AUGUCCGUAACGCUCGAAGAAUCCCUCGCCAGCCCGCGCGCAGCGCGCCCCACCCCGACCGGCCCCAACAACGUCUUCGAGCAAUUCCGCCUCGACGGCAAAGUCGCCGUCAUCACCGGCGCCGCCGACGGCAUCGGUCUCGCCGUCGCCGAAGCCUUCGCCGAAGCCGGCGCCCACCUCGCGCUCUGGUACAACAGCAACACCGCCGCGGUCGACAAAGCCGCCGCCCUCGCCGCGCAGCACAGCAUCAAAGCCCAAGCCUACCAGGUCCCCGUGCAGGACGCCUCGGCCGUGCAAGCCGCCGUGGCCCGCGUGGUGCAAGACUUCGGCAGCCUGGACAUCUUCGUCGCGAACGCGGGCGCGGGCAACUCCAAGCCGCUGCUGGAGAUGAGCGUCGACGAGUACCGCUCCCUCAUGGCGGUGAACCUCGACGGCGUGGUCUACAGCGCCAAGUACGCGGGCGAGGUCUUCAAGCGGCAGGGGCGCGGCAACUUGAUCAUCACGUCGAGCAUCAGCGCGCACAUCGUCAACGUCCCCGUCGACCAGCCCGUCUACAACGCCAGCAAAGCCGCCGUGACGCACCUGGGCAAGUCGCUGGCGCGCGAGUGGCGCGAGUUUGCGCGCGUGAACAUCGUGAGUCCGGGCUUCUUUGAGACCAAGAUGGGCGCGAGUGAGAAUGUGCGGAAUGAGGCGCAUCGCAUGGCGGUGCUGGGCAGGCAGGGGGAUGUGAGGGAGAUUAAGGGGUUGUAUCUGUAUUUGGCGAGUGAGGCGAGCAGUUAUACGACAGGGAGUGAUGUGGUUAUUGAUGGGGGGUAUAUCCUGCCGUGA